CACCUGAAGUCAUCCACAACCAGAGGGACCAUGAAGCUCGCCUUGGUCAUCGUUUGGCUGCUUGCAGCUGCUGCAUCAGGGACCAUUGAGAAGAGGGUUACUGGGAGUAAAUCCUGUAAGACGGACAGACAGUACCAUGUGCAGAUACAGUCUCUUCAGGAGGGAAAGUCCUGUGGUGGUUCUCUGCUCAACACCCGCUGGGUCAUCACAGCGUCUCACUGUGCUGAACAGGCUGUGAAACUCAGGCUCGGUGUAAACAAUAAUGUGUCAUUUUUAAAAAAAAUUUGGUCGUACUUGAAGGGAAAGUCUAAAAAUUUGGAGCAGAUCAUCAAUACCGAGAUGCAGUUCACUUACAAAGACGAGGAGGGGAAGGCCCAUGACAUCAUGCUCAUCAAACUGAACGAGGACGUGUCUGCCAAGCUGCCCACCAUCGAGCUGCCCCCCGCCGAUUGCUCCAAACCAGAGAUAGACCAGGAGGUUGAGAUCGGAGGCUGGGGAGCCAAGAAAUUUGACAUCUUACACAACAAACUGCCCAAGAGUCUGAAGUGUGCCACCACAAAGCUUAGCACGUGUGGUGAGAAUGAUACACCUGGGGCUCAAUAUGCCAACACUGAAGACUCCACCAUGUGUGCCUUUAAGCCUGGGGUGGACGUCUGCUUCGGUGACGGUGGCUCAGCUGUGGAGUACAACAACCUCUUACAAGGGAUCAUUGUGAGCAACCCUGUAGACGAGUGUGCAAAAACCAUUGUCAUGGUCAACAUCUGUCACUACAGGAAGUGGAUUGAUGAAACCAUGAAGACAAACGCAUGAGUGAACCUCACACACUAAUUCAGAGAGUAUGAUUACUCUCUAAUCAAUAUCACCUCACAACUUUCUUUUACCAUAGUUUACUUUAGAUUUAAACUGGAAAGAGCAAUGCCAAAUAUAGUUUGACUGUACAAAGAUUAGAUUUUACAUUGUGCAGGGAAAAUAGACUUUUCAACAGCAACCAGCACAUUGGGCCUCAUUCACCAACCGUUCCUUCGAAGAAAUUACUUCUUAAAACACACUUCAGCUGUGGGUUUACGGAGAUUCUGACAUUCAGCAGUGUUUUCUUUGCUGGGAUUUGUUCUUAUGUAAGAACUGAAUCUACACACACUGAUGAGCACUCAUACACAUACUUGACAAUUGAAAGGUGUGGGUAAAAUAAUCAGUUAAUUUUAAUUCUACAGUUGAUUUAAAUAACAAAUACAGCUUUCCCUGAAUGUACUGGAUUCCAUGCAUUGUUUGUGGUAUUUUAUGUCGACAAAAUAUAACUUCAUUAAAUCAUUCCUGACUUCUUAAAUGUUCUUUUCAGUAUCUGUGAUUUCUCUCUGUGCACAGGGCACUGUAGUGUCAUGCACUUCUAUGGGAAAACAUGGCAGUCAUCAAUAUAAGAACACAGACGCAAACAAUUUUGCCAAGUUUUCUUGGGUAUAUUUAAAAAAAAAAAAAAAAAACUGAUUUAAGAAGAUUUGGUGAAUGAGGUCCAUUGUUUGUGUAUUUACGACCACCAGGUAUCAUACAUACUUCUCUUUCAAGUUAAUGUUGUAGGCUUUGUUUGUAAAAGAAAAUUGUAUCCAUGAAUAAAAAGUGGUGUGUCCCAGUUCACAGCUCAAGUGUUAUUUGUUAUAUCUCAAGUAUGUUUGAAUGUCAAAUGUCACAUUUGCUCAAAGUUCAACUACUCUUGAGUUCUGGUCAAACUUUAACUUUAUAGUGUCAAGUCACUUCGCAGAAGAAGUAAAAGCCACAAAGCCCCACAGUUUUAGUUAUGAGCAAGGGUAGAAAAAUAGAAUUUCACAUAACUUUCUUUAAGCAUGGAAAUCGAACGUUACUAUUGAAUACUCACCUAAAUAGAAAUUCUAUAUUUAUGCCUCAGGCUUUAAGAGAUUAUUCUUGUGUCCUUGGUGUCACUGCACCAUAGAUAUUGUGUUUGACCAUUACUGUUCAGGGUCACUGUUAAUUAUAAAGCUAAAUUAUAACAAUUAAAAUUGUUUAAUUUACA